CUUCUAUCAGGAAACAAACAUGGCGGUCUUCUACAAGUGUAAACUAACAAAUUAUUUUUGUUAUUUUGUUGGUCAACUGGAAGACAUAAUCUGUUACGGCAUCACAAUAUCACUAUAAGAUGGCGGAUGAGGGGAGACUUGAGGAAGAGCUUGCAUCAUUUCGGCGCCAGUGGAAGGAAGAAAUACAGAGAAGUACUAAUGAUAGUGGUUCAUCAAGGAAUUCUCCUGUAUCAGAAUCAGCCUUACGACCAAGUCGUGAAGGAUCUCCAAGCCCAUUAGUGUUAGGGCAGAAGAAAGUGGUCAGUUCAUCCCAAAAACCCCAGCAGUUAGAGGAGAAG